GAACACCUUCCCUCAUUUUCAUCGCUUUUCUAUCGUGAAUAUUGUGCAAUAUCAUCGAAUCUCGGGAUAAACGACGGGUGAUUAAAAUUGUGCCAUACGCACGGAAUUGUGAAGAAAACAUGACGCAAAAACACGUGCAACUUUUGGUUCUUGCUGCUUUUCUAUGUGUUGCGACGUGUAUCAGCGUUGACAAACAACUGGAGACAAAGAAACUAAAUAGAAAUAUUUUAAUACCACGAAUAGAUGAUAGCGAAAAUGAAAAACUGGAGAACAAAAACUUCUCGUACAUCGCUAAGACUAAGAGAAAUAUACCAUGUAUCUUGGCAAAAAUGUCAAUAAGCAUUGCAGUACCGUAUAAAACUAAUGAGGGGAAAGAAAUUAUAAAAGAGUUACCCGUACCACUUGACGCAUCGACGGAUGGUAGUAAUUGUGCUGAUGUAAUAUCUCAGCUGAAGUUAACUUGGAAAGAAAAAGGAGAUGACAAAAACGAAAAUAAUGUUAUUACGUUUAUAUUUUUAAACGAUCAUACUAACUUUACGCUUUUCUCCGUCAACACCAGCAUUUAUUUGGAUGAAGAAAAAUUCCCUAAUGCUACACCAGAUACAAAGAAACGAGUGGAGUACACAUCGGAGAAGGAUCUUCGUUUAUUUGUAGCACCGGUGCAAAAUGGAUAUCAUAGGUGCAUUAAGAAGAUUAGUCAAACUGUUGGCAAACAUGAGUUAUUAAUCAGCGAUGUUACUUUAAUUGCAUUCAACAGUGCCGAGGAUAUUUCCUCGCGUAAAGAAGCAACAUGUCCUGACGAAAAAGAGAAAAUUAAAACGUUCCCCUAUGUUUUGAAAAAAGACGAAAAAUAUUGUAGUUUGGCAAGAAUGUCAAUUUCUUUGAAUAUAUCGUAUGCUACAAAGGAUUCAAAAGUUCAAUAUGGCACCAAAAUUGUUCCAAGUUAUGCUGAUGUAAGUGGAGUGUGUGGUGACUCGUUUUCUCAGAUGUUUCUAACUUGGCCAGAAAAGAAUGAAAUUGUAUCAACAUUUGAUUCGAACACAAAAGGGAAUGAAAUCAUAUUUAGAUUUAUGAAGAAUAAUAGAAUCGCUUCUGUUGAUGCCAUAGGUUUUGAUAUUAUCUUGGACGAAAAGAAUUUCCCUAAUAAUAUUGGAGAAAGAAUCACGGGACAAACACCGCUUACAUUUGAUCCUAUCUUCUCCACAUCUGCUGAUAAUGGGCUGUAUAGUUGCGCAAAUGUAACUACAGUUAAUUUUCAAAAUGCCAUUAUGAACAUUAGCGAUGUGCUUUUAGUCGCGUUCAAUGCCGAACAGGAUUUCUCUCUAAAAACAGUGGGAGAUUGUAAAUCGCAAUUCGCCCUUUAUAAAGAAAACUUCAGUUACUAUGUAUUAACCGAGGACACAGAUGUGGCAUGCAUUUUGGCGAACAUGACGAUUGCCAUGGAAAUACCAUACACCAAAACAGAUUCGACUGUCGUUAACGGAAGUAUUGUUCCACAAAACGUUACGGCAACCGGUACUUGCAAAACUUCGCUAUCAGAAUUGAAUUUAGCGUGGCCAGUGCCUAACAAUCAGGGGAAGAUGAACACGAUUACAUUUUACGUUGUACAAAAAGAAAAUCAUUUCUCUGUGCUUCUGAUAGACACCGACAUUUAUUUGGAUGAAGUGAACUUUCCAGGUGCUCGUGACCAGAAUAAAAAAAUAAGCAAGGUAUCAGAAUUAGAUAUCGAUUUGUUCAACGCUCCUGCGAAUGGACUUUAUAAUUGCACGAACGUUCACAGGAUAAAAAUGGACGACAGCGAGAUGAAUAUAACUAACGUUGUAUUUGUUGCAUUUAACACUGAGGAAGAUGUUAGUAAGAAGAUAGUCCAAGAUUGUAACAGAACAGACAACUCAUCUACAACAGCUCCAACAGUUCCAACAGAUCCAACAAACCCAACAGACCCAACGACUGAAUCAACAAUUACAGAUCAACCUACAACUAAACCCAGUACGAAUCCACCCCCUAAACCCGAACCUGACCCAUCUGUGAAAGCAUUCGACUAUUACGUAAUGAACCAGGAAUCGACUGUAGCUUGCACUGUGGCAAACAUGACGAUCUCAUUGAAAGUACCUUACGAGAUGAAAACUUCUGGAAUUAAAACAACAAAUUUGGAUAUGCCACAUGAUGUUAAAGUAAACGGUAAAUGUGACGAUGCAUCAUCCACGAUAGAAUUCAUCUGGAAAUCGACGGAGGACACUUCUGAUACAAUUGCCACUGAAAAUGUGGUUACGCUCACUUUCAAAAAGGAUGACUCUAAAUUUUUUGUUCGUGCAAUAAACGUUAGCUUGUACAUGGACGAAAAGAAUUUCCCUGAUGCAAAACAAGCAAAACAAAGGCACGAGGCACUAGCGAAGGAAGUUACUUUAUUUUCCACACCCCUGAAGCAACUUUUCAAAUGCACUCCUCAAACCCAGGUAAAAGCUGUAGACGUCGAGGUAACCAUCAGUAAAGUGGCAUUGAUCGCAUUUAAUACCGAGAGUAAGGUCUUAUGGAAAUCAGUGCAAAACUGCGUUACCGAGGAAGCGGAAAGUGAUGUAGGUGCAAUAGUCGGUGGUAUUAUAGGAUGUUUUAUUUUGAUCGGUUUGAUAGCAUUCGGAAUCAUAAUGUAUAGGAAAAGAAGAAGAAUGGUGUGAACAAUUUUGAACUGGUAUAUUACUAUUGUGAGUGUAUUGUGAAUAGAUUGAUAUUAGGUUUAGAUAAAAUACAGCGUUUUCUAAAUUGUUACCAGAUGCAUAUAAAAAUAUGAUUUUCUAUGCAGAUAAAUUUGUCUAUCUUCAAUAAUAGAAUCUAUUGUUUCAUUCUUUCUAUUGUUUAAAACGCAUGAAUGUACAAUUGUUCCAUUGUUGCAUUUUUGUGACAUAUAAUGUUUUACCAACACACUCACAUAUGGUGCUGGGAAACUGCUGGUUAAUUAUCCCUCUUAACGAAACAAUUCGAUGCAUCGGCCACCCUUCAUGUUCCGUCACGGUUACGCCCACCCCAAUUAUCUCGUUUACCUGGUAAACUUCGAUACGUAUUACACUCGUGCGAACGGAAAUCGAUUUGAAUGCGAAAUCGCGAAAUGAGAUGGCAAUUUUAGGUAUUUGGAAACAGGAAGCGAUAGAAAUUUGUAUUUAAAUUUUUCUUAUAUUCGGAGAUGGGACGAACCUUAAUUAUUCAAUAAUGCCUGUUAUAAUAAUAUUUCUACGUUCUACAAAAAUAUAAUAUAAUUUUUAACACGAGUCUCUCUUUUGAUGCGUGCAACGCCGGAAAAGGAUCGUAUUUCACUGCGAUUCCGGCUGAAAUAUUAUCAAACAUUGGACACACCCCCUAUUUAGCACCUGGAUAUCGUAUCACGAAACAGCAGAUGCCGCAAUAAAAUCCACGAUAAUCAGCGUUAAUUGCUCUGCGACGAAUAUUUACGAUCAUCGAGCGUGUAUCAAACGUAAUUCCUGUUUAUCGUGGGAAUUGAGCAACGAUUACAAGAAAUCUAUUAACAUGCCUUCCUAGAAAAUACCCCAAACCCAUUCAAGCUGUGCACCCUCGCAAAUAUAUCGACGGCUACUUCCGUUUUCCCACGUUUAUCACUUAGUUCUGCAUCAUCGAUCUUUCGUCGUGCCAAAAUUAAUUACUACUGAUAUUUGUAAGGCUUAAUGUUUAAUAAAUAUUUUUUGAUGGCAGUAUAGAAAUCAA